AUAAAACACGAAGUUUAGAAAACCAAAUUUAUCAGACUUAGAGGCCAGGGGAAAGAAGGUGUAAGAAGUAGGAAGUCUGGGAUGACCUAGGUUUUGCUUCUGACUCUGUGCCCUUGGGCAAGACAUCAAACACCCAUGUCUAAGGAAGGUAUGGGACUUCGUGGCCACUCAAGUGCUGGGGCCUUCCUCGUGAGAGAAUACUGGUAACCAGAACCUUAAUCAGAUCUUUCUCACUAUUGCAGUAAAAUAGCUGAUGCUAAAAUUAGACCCCAUGGCACUAGAGAAGCAGGGAAAUGAAUUCAAAUUCAAAAGAAAAGGUGUGAGAUCUAAGUUUAGGGUUAGGUAUUUCAUUCAGCUGAGCACAGCACCUGACAUAUAGCAGGCAUUUAAUAAGGGAAUGGAUGACAGGUGGAUGGACGGAUGGAAGGUCAGUCCUUCCCUGGUGGUGAUGGACCUGGGGACAGAGAAACCUGUAGUCGAGUCCUGAUCCACAUCAACACAGUGAAGGAGGCAAAAGUAUAGGCCUUAAUGUCUUCCUAUGUAAAAUAAAACCGAGAUGGCACUUCACAAGGUAAUGAGGAUUAAGUGAGAAAAUGCUUAGUUCAGGUCCUAGUACGUAGGAAGCACACAAUUUUGUGAUCAGAUCCUCUAAGGACUUCUCUGAGGAACAAAAAGGCUCCAGGGGCAAGAAGUGUGCAGGUCGGAAAUCUGUUAGCCUUCCAGGCUUCCGCUGGACUCUGUACCUUGUCUCUGAGAGUGAGACCUCUUUCUCCUGGGACCCACAAUGAGAUCAAGGACUCUAAGAUGAGGCCCAGAAGUUAAGUGGGCUCUGUGAGCCCCAAUUUCAGCCUCCUUUGCACAGAAAACCAGCAGAGUCUUGGUCUGUGCAGCUGGGAGAAAUGGACCUAGGCCUGAGCACUGCGUGUGGGGCUGCUGUCAAUGUCCUUUCUGCAGGAGGAUGGGGAAGCAGUGUCUGAGGUGAGGCUCAGUUGACCUUCCAGUGAAGUCUAUGUGUUGACCAGGAAAGCCUCAGCUCUUUCAGAAUUCCUAGGCCAGACCUGGCAACACAUUUGCAUGCAUUUAAGAUAUCUCAUGGAGACUUGUUGAAUGUAGCUGACUUUCAUAAAAUCUGGAAAACAAGAGGUCUUUCCAGCAACCCAUGGGGAUGUUCCUCGCUCUAAAUGAACAGUUUCUGGUUUAGGAAGGAGAACUUCCUAAUGUUAGAUUUCUCUUGGGCCUUUCCUUCUAAGAGCAGUUUUUCCCCCAUAGUUCAGCUAAAACUGAUGCAGGCAGAAGAGUAUUAGUGGGAGUGUACCUAUUAGCAUACAACCAUAUAUUUAUUGGUUAUGUGCCUCUAGGAAGCAAUCAAAAAACUGGCUGCUCAGCCACAAAAAUAUAUACAACUCAGAGAAGGGUGAGGGUUGCCUUUUGUAAGGUGUGGUCACCAUAGGGAGGUCAUAUCCAUUGGGCCAACAAGAGCUCAUUUUAGGACGCUGUGUUUUUUCAGUUGAGAAGCAGCCUAAUCUUCCCUAACCAUUCCCAGUUUAAGAGGUCUGAGAAGACUUCAGAUGUAAGACAAAGGAAAAUGUUCUACAGUCUCCUCGGGGUUACCCAAGGCCGAAUUCCCGCAGGCGGGGCAGGGGAAACGCAAAUCAGCGUGGCACUCUCUUUCACAAAACCUCCAGGGGGGAUGAAGCCAUUGAAGGUCUAGGGGUGAUUUCUCCUUAAUACAUUUUUGCUCUUAAAGAAUAUUCUGUGGAGCCGUCAAACAGUUUUCCAUACUUCUGUCUCUGCAGAUUCCCCAGGUGGAGACGGUCGUAGGCCUUAAUAAGCCGUAUUAGUGACCACCAGAGACGGAAAUCGCUAAUUACGAAGUCCCCUUUGAUCUCCCCCAGCCGUUUGGUUCCCGACACUGGAGGUUCAGGCAUCUAUUCUUUCUUAGAACUGGAUGCGACUAGCGAGCCUUAGAGUCCGACCUCGGGUCUGCAGUUUAACUUAGGCGCCGAGGUCUGGAUCAGAUUUUUAAAAAUUUCCAGACUGCCCAGAUUUUAAAACCAGCCACAGAGCUGGUGUGCGGCUGGAAGCUAACCAACGCCCAAGUGUCUGAUUAAUUUCAGUAAGUACCUCCGCGCUUUAAAUUUUGGGGGCAGAGUGGGGAAAUAAAUUAUUUAAAAUUUCCAAUGCACUGCCUUUCUCCCCUUCUCCAUCUUCUGCUUUCAAUUCGCUUGUGGGAAAUGGAGUUUUCUCCUCUAUGCUGGGACUGUAAUGUGAUUCGGGAUCACUUGUGAAAUGAACAGAAGUCACUACCGGCAAACGGGACCACUGGGGCAGAACGCUGACGGCAGGCCGGAGGUGAGAGCAAAGGCUGGGCCUCCGAGGAUAAUUAGAAGCCAGCCUCCUCCCCGCCUGGUCUCCGUGGCCCCCCUUCAUCUUCCAGGUAAGAUGAAUGGCCCUUCAUCCAUCAUCCACAGCCCAGCCACCUCCCCCAGGCAAGCGGAGAAUCUGCUACCCUAAGAAACCUAUUAGCCCCGAAUUGGGCAGCUUUGUGGAGCCAACCGAGUCUCUCUAUUGUGGCCUUUGUCUGCGGAAUUUAAGCAUUUACAUGACGCAUUAGCACGGAACUCCGCGCAGGGUCGGAAGACCGCGUGCCAAACCUGGCGCGGACCGCGAGUUAGCAGCUCCCUCACCCGGCUGCUCCCGGGGACCACCCUCGCCGUUGCGCCUGGGUCACGCUGUAGGCGCUCUGGCAAGGAACGCCGUACCACAUCCUUCCUUGGCCACCUCCGGGCGGCUGCGCUUUGAAAGAAAGCGGCAACGUUCUGGUGGGUGAACCCGAGCUGGGUCCAUCUGAGCCUGAAGCCAGAGAAAUAAACUUGACUUUAAUCCGGUUCUCCAGGCGGUCGUUGGGGGCUUCGCCGUUUUUCAGCUUACCGUUCGGAGCCGUGCGCUCAACGGUCACUGGUGCUUCCGAAUGCAGAGGCUUCUUGGGUUCUAUUCGCCAGCUUGCGGGACCUGGACGCCGACCCGCGCGCCAGCUGAAAGCAAAAAGGAUCGGAGCAAAAAGCGUUUAAAGGGGAGAACGAUCCGCGGCGCGUGGGACUACGGCUCUAGGGAAUUUAGGAAGGAAUCCGCAAGCUUUGGAGGCACGCACUCUUCGCAGAGUAAAUGCAAACAUUUUAGUAAGGAUGAAGAACCCAAUGCUGGAGGCACUGUCCCUAUUGCUGGAGAAGCUGCUCCUCAUCUCCAACUUCAAGCUCUUCAGUUCCGGGGCCCAGAGCGAAAACAAGGCGAGGAACAGUUUCUAUGAGAUCAGCCGUUUCCUGCGCGGCGACGUGCUGGAGGUGCCGCGGACCCACCUGACCCACUACGGCAUCUACCUGGGCGACAACCGUGUCGCCCACAUGAUGCCCGACAUCCUCUUGGCCCUGACCGACGACAAGCGGCUCACCCAGAAGGUGGUCUCCAACAAGCGUCUCAUCCUGGGCGUCAUCGGCAGGGUGGCCAGCGUCCGCGUGGACACAGUGGAGGACUUCGCCUACGGAGCCGAUAUCCUGGUCAAUCACCUGGACAAGUCCCUCAAGAGGAAGGCGCUGCUCAACGAAGAGGUGGCGCAGAGAGCGGAGAAGCUGCUGGGCUUGACUUCCUACAGCCUCCUGUGGAACAACUGUGAGCACUUCGUGACCUACUGCAGAUUCGGCACACCGAUCAGCCCUCAGGCUGACAAGUUCUGUGAGAAUGUGAAGAUAAUUAUUCGUGAUCAGAGAAGUGUUCUUGCUUCAGCAAUCUUGGGAUUGGCAUCUAUAGUCUGUCUGGGCUUGGCAUCAUAUACCACCCUUCCUGCAAUUUUUAUUCCGUUCUUCUUAUGGAUGGCUGGCUGACUUCAUAUCCCCGUGUCAGUGUGUGUAUUCUGUGUGUAAAUAUGUUUAUAUUUAUAGAGCACAAAUCAGUAUAAGCAUCUUCAAGAAAAAUGUGACCUGUAACACUGUGUUCUGGAUAAAAAUGUGAUUAAGAAUCACGCAGAGUGCUUACUGUGUAAGCCCAAGAACAAAGGCUUUCUCAAUCUUCUCAGGCAGUUGCAUUUCAAAGCACUGUGCAAAUCUUGGAAACAUGGCAACUUAAUAGAAUUCAACAUUACAAGAGAACCAGCCCGUAAGGUGAUGGCCACAGGAGAUUAUUUGCGUGUUUGUUGUUUGUUUUUUUCCUCUUGUAAUCCUUGCUCUUCUCUUGUUAGACCUGAAUUUGAAGACUAUAAGACUCCUUGAUUGAAAUCACUAACUUUACUAUAAAUGUAUUCUCUUUCAUUGAAAAACUUAUAUUAAACUAAAAGAAUUUCCCUCA